AGAGCCCUGGACCCGCGUUCCGCGGUCCUGAUCCACGGAGGAGGCGGCGAGGCCGCCGCGCGGGCGACGGGCCGGCGUGGCCGCGGGCAGCCGAGCGCGACGAAGUCCGCUCAGGUGCACGGCCGGAGAACGCCAGCAGCUCAGAACGAAUUGCAAGAUGUCGAAGAGAACAUUGUUCACCUAUUAUUCAAGCAGUAGCAGUACUCCUACUCCUCCAGAAACUAAUGCAAGGCCCCCAAAAAACCGCAGAGUAGAAUUUUGUGCAUCAGAUAUCAUUAGUGACCCUGGAUUGCGCAAGCCAAUUGAUGAGUAUUCGUUUGAGAUUAGAGAUCAAGAUAAGAGGGCAUAUGCUUUGAGGGGUCCAACUCAACAACCAGUUGGCUUUACAUUUCCUCGCUCAUGGAAAAGUGGUGAAUGGAGAUCUUUUCAGCAGCAUUGGUUUGGGACUUAUGAUUGGCUGGAGUAUAGUGAGUCAAAGGAUGCAGCAUUUUGUUUUUAUUGUUAUCUUUUCUUUGAGCCAGGAAAGCCCGAUAAAUGGGGGAGCAGUGUCUUUGCAAAGGUCGGUAUAGACAAAUGGAAGAAGGCUUUGGAAAAAUUUGAUAAACAUGGUGCUUCACAUUCUCAUUGUAAUGCAAGGCUGAAGUGCGAUGAUUUUAUGAAUCAAAGAACAAGUGUCACUCGGAAAUUUGAAAAGCAAAGUAAGGAGGAAGAUAAUCGAUACAAAACUCGCUUGUCAUCUUCUUUAGAUGUUGCAAGGUUCCUCAUACAGCAAGGUGAUGCUUUCCGUGGACACGAUGAGUCCUCUACUUCGCUCAACAAGGGAACAUUCAGAGAGAUGAUUGACUGGUACAAAGACAAGGUCGAAGUGGUUAAGGAUGCAUAUUAUAAAGGCUCUAAAAAUUGCCAGAUGUUGUCUCCUUUUAUUCAGAAGGAUCUUACAAAAGCUUGUGCAGAAGAAGUCACAUCAGUGAUUAUGGAUGAGAUUCAUGGCAGGCGAUUCUCGGUGCUUAUUGAUGAGUCUCGAGAUGUAUCUAUAAAGGAGCAAAUGGCUAUGGUUCUGAGGUUUGUGAAUGAUGAAGGAAAGGUGCUAGAGAGAUUUCUUGGACUUAAACAUAUUGAUAAAUGUACAUCUAUUGCAUUGAAAGAAGCUUUGGUCGGUAUGAUUUCUAGCCACAAGUUAAGCAUGAAUAUGAUUCGUGGACAGGGUUAUGAUGGAGCUUCCAAUAUGAGAGGUGAAUUUAAUGGCGUGCAGAAAUUGGUUCGUGAUCAAAAUCCUUAUGCCUUCUAUGUGCAUUGUUUUGCCCAUCAAUUGCAAUUAGUGGUUGUCGCCGUUUCAACUUCUACUCCAGCUAUUGCAGAUUUUUUUAACUAUGUCCCUUUGAUAAUCAAUACUGUGGGUGCAUCUUGUAUGAGAAAGGAUAUCUUGCUUGCAAAACACCAUGAUAGUUUGUUAGAAAAAUUAGAGAAUUGUGAGAUUGCCACUGGAAGAGGUUUAAACCAAGAAAGUAGCCUUGCUAGGCCUGGAGAUACUAGAUGGGGCUCCCAUCUUAAAACAUUGCUUCGUAUUUUGGUUAUGUGGGAAGCUAUAUUGGAGGUGCUUGAGAUUGUGAAAAAAGAUUCCAUUAAACCUACAUGUACUGGUGGUGCUUUUGGUCUGAUUAGUAAAAUGGAAAGCUUUGAUUUUGUGUUCAUCAUGCAUUUGAUGAUUGAAAUAUUGAGCACCACAGAUACUUUGUCACGUGCUUUGCAAAGAAAGGAUCAAGAUAUUGUCGAGGCAAUGCAUUCUAUCAUGAGUGUGAAAGAGACCUUGCAGGAUAUGAGGGACAAUGGAUGGGAGCCGUUAUUCAGAAGAGUGAAGUCAUUCUGUGAUAAAAAUGAGAUUGAAGUGCCAGAUAUGGAUAAGGAGGUAAAUGCUAGAGGGACAUCUGUACGUAGAAGGCAAAAGGUAACAAACAUGCAUUUCUACCAUGUUGAGAUUUUUCUUGCUGCCAUUGAUGCCAUUUUGACUGAGAUGAAUCAUCGAUUUAGUGAAGCUAGUUCAGAGUUGUUAGUAUGCAUGGCUUCACUUAAUCCAAGGAACUCCUUCUCUAAUUUUGAUGUGGAUAAGCUUGUGAAACUUGCUGAAAUAUAUGCUGAAGAUUUUGAUGUCGGACAUCUUGCGGUGUUGCCAAGUCAACUUAAAGCAUUCCACCAACGUGCUAAAAGAAAUAGAGAGUUUCUUGGGUGCACAGAACUUUCAAAGGUUGCUGAAAUUAUGGUCAAGACAACCAUGAAUACCUCUUACCCAUUAGUUUAUCGGCUCGUUGAGCUCACAUUGAUACUUCCAGUGGCAACAGCUUCGGUUGAGAGGGUUUUUUCAGCUAUGUCUCUUUUAAAGACGGAUUUGCGCAGAAAAAUAGGAGAUGAAUGGCUCAAUGAUUUGAUGAUAUGCUAUGUUGAGAAGGAGAUAUUUAGAAGCAUUAGUAGUGACAAAAUCAUACAUCGGUUUGAAGAUAUGAAAAAACGUCGUAGGCUUGUGCCUAAAGACAAUUUAGUGAUUGCUCCUCAUGGGGAAGAUUGAAGAAGAAUAACGGGUGUCAUUGUCAGCACGCCUCCGCCUCAUUAUGUUUUGGUUUCAUGUUUUUUAAUGGGCAAAACUGCAUAUUCGUCUUUUGCUACUUCUCGUAAUGUACUUAUCUAUGUUUUCAUGAACAUGUCGUUCUAGUAUUGGUCUAGAUUGUAUGCUGGCAGUUGGCUUCAGCCCCCC